AUGAAUGCUCACUCAUUGUUGAAUAUCAGUCAACCGACUACUCUCAUUCUCAAUCGUCCUCCUCUGUUCACCAUUCGCGUCUUUGAAGAAAACCUCACGGAGAAGGUUCUGGAAAAACACAUCGCUACAUCGGGAAUGUACACCUACCAUCUAAACGAAUUGGCUCAGAAAUUCGCUGAAAUCAGAAGAAAGGACAUGAUCAACGCUCAACGAAAUAUGGCAGAAUCGAGAGAAUGCAAUGCUUACAUUGAAAAUCAAAAACUUAUUCUGGAACAGAAGACUCAAGGAGAAGUCAACCAAUUGUUUUCUGCUGCCAUGGGAUCUUCUGGUGCUCGAAAGAAGACGUCAACCAAACCAGAUUACUCCAAGUACCGAAUUGUCAAGAGAUCCAAGUCUACAGCUUCUUCGUCGACGACUUCAUCUCCAUCUUCUUCUUCUCCGACGUCUCAAUAA